GUUGCGUAAUAAUUUUUACGUAGCUGGAGCUGGGGCUGGCAUCGACAUUGGCCUGCACGCCCAUGGACAUCUGCCCAGUGCCACGGAAAUGGCCAUCGGACACAUUUACCAGGAGCUCAUGGGCAUGAAUUUCAAUCAGGCCAAUAUACAGCAGCAGCAGGACCAGCAGCAGCAGCAGCACCACCACCAGCAGCAGCAGCAGCAGGCGGCUCUCCAGCAGCAGCAGCAGGCGGCUCUGAAGCAGCAGGCGGCUCUCCUCUCCUACGGCCAAAAGGCCGUAACAGCAACUGGCAUAGUCCCUGACCCACGCGACGUAUGUUCUCAAAGCGGUGUUUCUUGCGUAUCGUGCCCGUUUGCGUCGCCAGGUCCACUUCUGGGACAACUAGAGGACGGCCAGGACAUUACACUCCACACCCACAGAUUAGAUGACUAGUUUUAAAAUAUUUUGUUUGUUUGUUUUGUCGAGUUUGUUGUCGUCUCCUCUGGGCUGAUGACCGACAGCAUAGCAAGGCGUACUCUUAAACAGU